AUGGUCAAAUCAUCCGCCGUCCUCCUGGCUGCUGCCAGCACCGCUACUGCCAGCGUGCUCCAGCCCAGAGAAUUCACCAACACCACUGCCGCAGCUUGGUUGGACUGGGCCUCUACCACCACCACCGAGGUCGCCGCCGCCACCACCACCGCCGAGGAGGUUUGGGGCGACUGGACCUCUACCACCACCACGGCCGCUGUCGCCCCCGAGGAGACCUGGGGCGACUGGAACUCUACCACCACCGCCGCUGUCGCCCCCGAGGAGACCUGGGCUGACUGGACCUCUACCACCACUACCGCCGAGACCUGGGCUGAAUGGACCGAAAGCACCACCUCCACCGAGACCUGGGGCGAAUGGACCACCGUCACCGCUACCUCGACCAGCGGUGUGACUGUUGAGACCACCGAGAUCAAGAGCUGGGUUGAAUGGACCUCCUCUGCCCCGGCUCCCGCCCCUGUCGUUCCCACCACCAGUGUUGCUGCUCCGGCUCCUGCCGAGACCAAGACCUGGGCCGAAUGGACCUCUGCUGCCCCGGCUCCUGUCCCAGUUGAGAGCAGCGCCAGCCCGGCUCCAGUUGAGAGCACCUGGACCAGCUCCGCUGUCUGGACCUCCACCCCUGUCCUCAUCAGCAGCUACACUCCUGUUGCCACCAGCGUCGCGCCAGUUGCCACGUACACUGGCGCUGCCAGCAGCAACAACAAGCCUGCCGUGGCUCUCCUUGGUGGACUUGUUGCCUUGGUUGCCUUGGCAUAA